GAAGUGUUCUACGAGAGAAGAAAAGAUGGCGAACUUGGUGCAGGCGACGAGCCAGAAGCAUUUUGAGGAGUUUCUCGCCAAGGCUGGAAAAUGCCUCACCGUGGUUCACUUCCAGGCUGCAUGGGCCCCCCAGUGCGGCCAAAUGAACGAAGUAAUGGCGGAGCUGGCCAAAGAACACACCGGCACCACGUUCGUGAAGCUGGAAGCGGAGGCGGUCCCGGAGGUGUCGGAGAAGUAUGAGAUUUCCUCGGUGCCCACUGUCCUGUUUUUCAAGGCCGGGGAGAAGGUGGACCGGCUGGACGGGGCUCACGCUGCGGAGCUCACCAAGAAGGUCCAGCGGCUGGCGGUGAGCGGGAGCCCGGCCGGAGCUGCGGAGGCGCCCGACCUGAACGAGCGGCUGAAGAAGCUCAUCAACGCGGGGCCCUGCAUGCUGUUCAUGAAGGGCUCCCCGCAGGAGCCCCGCUGCGGUUUCAGCCGGCAGAUCGUGGGGCUCCUGAAGGAGCAUAACAUCCAGUUCAGCAGCUUCGACAUCCUGUCCGACGAGGAGGUCCGACAGGGUCUGAAGACCUUCUCCAACUGGCCCACCUACCCUCAGCUGUAUGUGAACGGGGAGCUGGUGGGAGGCCUGGACAUCGUGAAGGAGCUGGCCGAGUCCGGGGAGCUGGAGAACACCUGCCCGAAGGCCGUCAGCCUGGAGCAGCGCCUGAAGUCCGCCAUCAACCAGAGCCCGGUCAUGCUGUUCAUGAAGGGCAACAAGGAGGCGGCCAAAUGCGGCUUCAGCCGGCAGAUCCUGGAGAUCUUGAACGGAACCGGGGUGGAUUAUGACACCUUUGACAUCCUGCAGGAUGAGGAGGUCCGGCAGGGGCUGAAGACCUACUCUAACUGGCCCACGUACCCGCAGCUGUACGUGAAGGGCGAGCUGGUCGGAGGUCUGGACAUAGUCAAGGAGCUGAAGGAAAGUGGGGAGCUGGUGUCGGUUCUGAAGGGGGAGUCUUAGGUGGAUGUCCUCCACCGUCCUCCACCCUUCAGACAGGGAACAAGAAGCUUCUGCAAGGGCCACAAACAGCAGCUCCACAGGGGCCUCCACAGGGGCCUGGAGAGCAAAGGUCAACAAGAACUUUCAGAUCGUAGCAGUUUGGUAGAUUCUCAUGCAAACACUGGAGACUCUUGAAAAAACAUCUUUCAAAUGUUUAAAAAGAAGGAAUAUAUGUGGGAUAAUGUCUUAACAUCCUGUAAUUUGGCCCCUCACAUCUGAUUCUGAUAAAAGCUUCUUUUGGUUUGAACUUUAAGGUUUUUCAGGUUCUUCAGAUUGUUCCUCUUUCAUGUUUUCCUCGGAAAUGUUUCAUAAACGGCUUUUCAGCUGUUUCUUUCAACUCCUGAGACUAACGCAGGUCCAUUUUCUUCCUUGAUGAAAACAAUUAUUAAAUGAAUUAAAUGAACAUGAAGAUGUUUGCUUCUGUUGUGUCUAAAGGUUACUGAACAUUAAUAAAUGAGUCGUCCUAUUUUCCUCUUGAAUAAAUCCCGGGUAGUUGCAUCAUAAAUCCCGUUUAACUAACGGACAUGAUGCUAUUCAAGCUGCAGCAGAACAACCUGACUGCACAGAUUAAACUGAAUAUCCUCAGAAUAUGAACAUAUUUCUGCAGUGUUAUGGAUCUGUGACCUGAUGAGAUAAGAUGCUGCGAUGCCUUGUCACAUAGACAUAAAUAUUAAGUUUAGAUUGUUUUGAUUUAUUUGAUUUACACCAAUAAAUAAGAAGUGAACACUGGAGGAGCUCAGGACAUUCAGAGAAGC